CAUUUAAGUUUAAGACAUUCAUCUUUCCCAAGCAAUUUUAUUUUGAUUUUAAGCUAAAAAGCUGAAACAGACCCUCACCUCUUUCCCAUGUUCAGACUGGAAAUCUCGAAGGCCAAAAGAAAAAAACUUCAAAUCCAUCUUUCUCAUGUUCUUAAAACCCUCUAAAAACGCCAAACCCAAGUAUAAAAGCAAAGUAUAUUGCACCCACAAGCAAUAAUUGUAGCGCCGAAGCUAAUUUCAUUCGAUUCUGCUUUUUUGCCCUGUUUCUUCUGUUAUUUCCAAAACAUAAUCAAGCAUCGGUUUUUGUUCUGAGAUUCGAUCAUGGAUGAAUCUGAACGAUCCCCAAAGGUGUACUACGCCAGCAACCCCGGAGGAUCGUCGCCGUCUUCUGAUUCCUCCACCACCAGUGUCCACGUGACGGCGCUGGACGGGCUGGUGAACGUGAACUCACUGUUUACGAUCGCCGUCUUCGUGGGUCUGUCCUUGACUACACCUGGGCAACACAGCCUCGAGAACCCCUCCGCCUGCGACGCCGGCAUCGACGUGGUGAAGAAGCUUCUAGUCUUUGAAGUCGUCUCUUUCAGCUUCUUCCUCUUCUCCUCGCUUGUCGCCCAAGGGCUGAAGCUCGCCAUCAAUUUGCUCAACAGCAAAGAUGUGGAUGAAGUGUUCCGGGCCACCAUUAACCGGAAGGUGUUGAGGCUCGGGAUGAUGGGAUCCGCCGUGGGGUCGGUGAUGGGGUGCAUUUUCUUAGUUCUCUCGAUGGUGUACGUCAUCGAGAUCCGGUUGGGGAUGCUGUCGUGUGGGAGCAAGCCGGCGAUUCAUGCCGUUGGAGCUCUGGUCCUUCUGGUUUCCUCUGCUCUCGUGGUUUAUAUUUCCACUGCUUUUUAUGCUUUUAUGCACUGAGAAAACAGAACGGUACUCAUCCAUAAUUCUACUUCCACUUCGAUAAAAUUGUAAAUUUGUUUAUGGUUUUUGUGCUCUUUUUGUCAAAUUGAGCUUCUUAUUAUUAUUUAAAAAAAAAAAAAAAAGCCGUUUGCAUAAUCUGAAAUUAUAGCUUUGUUAUAAGCUUAAUUUCGGAUGGUUUUUGCAUUUUGUAGUUAAUAUGGUUUAGAUUUUUGGAUAUUUUAGAAGUGGAAGGGUAUCUAGCAGGGUGUAUUAGGGCAUGCCUUUUGUUUAAGAUCUAUUUGGAUUAGCAGUUAGCGAACAGAUUAUCACAAAACAACCAUCUCCAACAAAUAUCCGCUAUCAUCUUUUGGGUUGAGAUUAAGCUCUUGAUUUUUUUUUUCCUUUCUUUUUUUCUUUUACCUAAAUUAGGUUUGGGGAUAUGCCAAUGCCAUGGGUUGGAAUGUUAGAUUUAAGGCUUUGGCACAUGAGGAAGCAAUGCCGUUAUAUAUCACCACAGAUCAAAACCGAUUUUAAGUUGGAUAUUGAUCAUACUCUGCUGGGUUGGAGUCGAGAAUGGGUGUGGCUUCGUGGCAUAUGCAAGGGCCUCAAUAGAAAAGCUAGAAGGGUGCAGGUUGCCUUUACUGCUACUCUCUAUUUGCUAUGGAAGGGGAGGAAUUGUGGGAUUUUCAAGCAGAAAAUCACCAUUUUUCUGGUAUUGUGAGACAGGUGCUGCAAAUAGUGGAAGUUAGAGCUGGCUAGUUUUUUGUUCUUUUGUUUACGGAGUAUUUAGUCUGUGUAAACAUGGGUAUGCCUAAGUAGCUUUUUCUGUAAAUACCCAUUUGGGGUUUUGCAAUACAAGUACUUAUCAGUUAGAAUAAAAAAAAAAAAACACAGAUUUUAGGUUCUUAUGUCACUGCUUGUGUUGUAAUAUUGUGGGAUUCCAACGAGAUGGAAAUUUG